AUGAGGAGCAAAGGGAGUGAGUAGCAGGUGCUACAGCCCAAGGGCCCCAUGCUGGUGGCAGAAGGUCCACUGUGGUGGACAGUGGAUGGCUCCGACACUGAUGACAUCCUUAAAUGGGUCAAGGUGACUCAGCACUGGCAAGAGAUCUGUAACUUCAAACAUGGAUGCUUUCCUGGGGUGACACCAGUGAUCCAGCAGACACUGGAGCCACUUGGUUGUGACUGUUCCAUCUCUAUCCACAAUGUCCCCAGCAAGCAUGCUGGAAGCUACCACUGUGUGGGGGUUAGUGACUUGAGUGAGAAAUCAGAAAAGGUCCCAGAGGAGGGCACCUCCAUGCUUGUGAAAGGAGCCAGGGAUCCAGACCCAGACCUCUGGAUCAUACAGCCCCAGGGGCUGGUAUUAGCAACCACUAGAGACUCUGUAUUUCUGAACAGCACAGUGCUUGGAGAUAGUCCCUCAGAACCCAUUAGGUGGUUUCGAGGGGCUGGCCUGAGCCGGGAGGCCAUUUACAACUUUGAAGGUAUCUUCCACCCCAACAUGAUAGCAGUCCAGGACUCCAGGAGGGAUUUUAGCAUUCUUCUGCAAGGUGCCUCCACUGAAUUGGUAGGCAACUACUACUGUGUCAAGUUUCAGAGGAAACUCAAUGGACAAUACCUGUCUGGACAGGGCACCAAGCUGAGAGUAAAACUCUCCCUUGUGUCCUCCAGACCUCCUGUCUAUGCUCACAGUUUGAUCCUGCAGCUGAAGACAGUGAUCUUGGCUGCACUCCUGCUGGCCCUGGCUGCCUGCCGGAGGAGGCCCCGGCAAGAAGACAUCAAGACCCCAGGCCCAGAGCCCCCCUUUAGCAUGGGGCGUGGGCCAUGGAUGUUCCCCAGGUCUCGUGCCAAGUGCCAGGAUCUCUACAUCUGGUUUCCACUCACCGGGUGA